CAUUUCCUUCUUUAAGCGCAGUCUAUUUAUUUAUUAAUAUAUCUAUGGGUUCACGGUCUCAAUUCUAUUCGCCGACACUAACCUAACCAUAGAUUUUUACAUGUAUGAGUCUAUGAACCUAACCUAUGUACACAAAUUAUAUACAAUAAUAUUUAUGUAUGUGUGGUACAUUGUACAUAUUAUUACAUUAUGUAAUUUGGAUUAUUGAUUAUGUAUCGAAAUCGAUCUAUAUCCUGUGAUUGCACCGGUUUUAAAUAAUUCUUAUUUGUUUUUGUUUUGUUAAUUAAUUUAACUUACAAUCGAAUGUAUUCAAUCAUGUUUAUUUAACGAAUUUUCCUUUGUCAUUUUAUACCAAAAUCAAAUUUCAAGAAAAACGAAAGGAACAGUAAGUUAACAGAUUAUAAUUUUAUAUCAUAUCCCUACCACCACUUUCCGCCUGACGAUUAAUAUAGGUAUCUAUAUUAUUAUUGCCGUUAGGUUUUUUAUAUUUGGUUAGGUAUAUUAGUUUAUCCGGGAAACGAGACCAUAGAUUAAUGUUGAGUUAACAUGAUCUUUCUAACCGGGUUUAAAUAUUUCCUUGUUGGUUUUAGACGUUUUAAUUCGUUUUAUUUAAAAUAACCGAUUUUAGGAAUUUUUUUAUUGGAAACUUAAUGAUACAUUUUUCAAAAUAGCAAAAUUUUGUGGCAUAAUUUUCGUUAUUAAUUAUCUUAACCACCAAUAGACACACUCCACGUAAAAGUAGGUACUUAUAUAAAUAUACUUAUUGGAUACAAUUUUUAUGUUUAUAUAAUUCUAAUUUACCAUACUUGUGAUAUUUUUUUUUUUUUUUUUAAAUGUUCGUUUUCGCGUAUACAUUAGUGUUUAAUAAAAAGGCUUGAAGAAUUUCGUUUAGAAGGAAACUUUGGGGAAAACUUUAAAAAGUCUAAGUUUUUUGUCACACAUAUUUUUUAGUGAGAUUGAUAUUUUCAAAACGUGUUUUUUAUUUCUUAAUUUAUUGAUAUAGUCAAAAUUUACCUACCGCAUUUACUUUGAGAGUUUUUUUUACAGAAACCUCAAAGUUUGCAUUUUUAACGUUGUUUUACAUAACAAAUUGAAGGAUAUCUAUUUUUUUUUAAAAAUUGUAACUAUAAAAUGCACAUAAUUAAUGAUAAAUCUCACUUUUUGAAGUUCCUCAUAACUUCCAAAUGAAGUUUGUCCAGUACAUUUUUUCCUUUCUUAAUGUAUACAUGAAAACACACAUUUUGAAAGAAAAAAAUAAUUUUAAAAAUUCUUUACUAUGCUAAAUUAAAAUUUUUACAUUAUAUUUGUUAUGCAAAUAAGUAUAGAUACUAACAGCAGGUAAUUUAAUUAUUCUACCAUUGUGUGAGAAGGAAAGUUAAGACUGCAAAGAUUUCUGGAUUUGGGAUUUAAUACACUUCAUUUUUAAAAUUUUAAUUGUUUUUAAUAAUUUAUGAGUUAAUUUUAAAUAAAUUAAUAUUUUUGUUCUCAUUUUCUGUCAUUAAUUAUUAAUAUCUUAUAUAACCAAACAAACUAAACAUAUUUGUUAAAACAUGACAUUAUGUUACAACUUUUUCAAGUGUCCCAUAUACCUAGGCUCAUUUUAUAAUUGAUAAUUGUGCCUCAGAUUUUUUUUGCAAUUAUUAUGAACUAUGUAUUAGCAUUAUAAUUAUGUUAUAAAUGUUCAGUAUGUGAACUACUGUAUGAAUUGUUGUGUAGUUAGUGAUUUGAAAUAUGUAAUAGAGGAAUACCAAUCUGGCAUAGAUACUUGUGGUAACUGAUUGACUCUGGUCUAAUCUAGUUUGAUAUGUUAGACCGACCAAGGUUUGAUGAAAUGUCUCAUUGAAAUAAUUCAAACAUUUAUUGAAUUUAUUUUGUCUUUAAAUAUUAUUUGUAUACAAUUAAAUUACAUUAUAAACUAUAAGAUAGAAAAGUAUACAAAGAGAAAACAUUAUUCAUCUAUAUUUUUAAUUUAUAGUGGAACGUGAUCCCAAUAAAAGAAGAGUCAAACCUCCUGCUAACCCAGAAUUGGUAAAUUUAGAUGAUAUUGAUGGUGAAAGUUCAUCAGACAGUGAUUUUCGUAUUGAAGAUCAUUAUGUGAAUAGUGAAUCAGAUUCUGAUGGUGCUUCAUAUUUUACUUAUACUGAUGGUUUGUUUAUUAAAGUUUGAAAUACCUACCUAUUUUUGAAAUAUAAUUAUUUUAUACCUUUAAGAUUUUUGAAUGCAUUAAAAAAUUUAAAAAUAAUAUAUUAUUAUUAUUAUUAUAUAUUUGAAUUUUAUUUAUAUACUUAAUAGAUGAGGAUAAUGAAGCAGUAGCUGACAAAGAUGAUGAUGAAAAUGAAAGUAAUGAUAAUUUGACUGCAGAUGGUACAAAUGUGACAACUAUUGAUGAAUAUUCUAAACAAGUAUAUUUCUUAACCAAUUGUUUUGUAAUUUAUUUUAAUCAAUUUACACAAUUCUAGGUGAAUUUAAAAGAAAUUGUGGAUAAAAUCCAUAUCUGUAGUAUUUGUUUAGGAGAUACUAGUGAUGAUGUAAACGAGUUAAUUGAUUGUGAUGAAUGUGGUAUUUCAGUUCACGAAGGUAAAUAUUUUAUAUUCAAUGUUAGUACUGUUCCAAAUUUAAUUUGAAUUUUAGGCUGUUAUGGCGUGCAUGAUUCUGGGAGUGUAAGUUCAUCAGUUUCAUCAUGUUCAAUGGAACCAUGGUUUUGUGAAGCUUGUAAAGCAGGCAUAGAAAAUCCUACUUGUGAAUUAUGUCCUAAUUUUGGUUUGUAUUAUGGUUUGUGAUAUUCAAAAUUAUUCAAGUUUUUAUCCAAAACAUUUUAUUUUAGGUGGUAUAUUUAAAGAGACGGAUUGUGGUAAAUGGGUGCAUUUAGUAUGUGCAUUAUAUGUGCCUGGUAUAACAUUCGGUGAAGUUACUAGUCUCAGUAAAGUUAUGUUGUUUGCAAAUACUACACCACGAUGGGGAAGUAAAAGUUGUACGUUGUGUAAAGAUAUGAGAUACAUGUGUACUGGAGUGACAAUCGCAUGUGAUGCUGGAAUGUGUAGAUCAAAUUUUCAUGUUACUUGGUGAAUAUAAUGAAUUUAUAAUUAUUAAAUUAAAGGAUUUAUUUAAUGUUAAAAUGUAAUUUGGGAAAGUCUAUAAAUAUUUUUAAUUAGAAAAGGUAUGCUAAAAUAUAUUUAUUAUUACUAAAUUUAAUUUUAAGUAUUUGAUGAACUGAGUUCCACUCAGAAUUGUUUUUAUUGUUGCUUGCACUGCUAACAGUAAUUCGUCUUAAUUCUAUGCCUAUCUACCCUACUUUACCACCCAAAACAGCGAUCCACUCAUGGUACGAAGUUUAUUUCUUUUAAAUUUGAAUUGCUGCAUGUAUUAUAGAAUUGGUACUAUCAAUAAUUACCAUUUAUCGUUAUAACUAGUUAACUGUAAAUACAAAUACCGGCAUUGAGAAUUUAAAAUACUGCCAGCCCUAAACAAAGGUUAUUUGUUUUGAAUCUUCAUUUUAGUUUUGUCAUACAAUUGACAUUAAAUAUGGUUUGUAUAUUUUUAUACAUUUAAUUAUAAUUUAAAUUUAAACAUAUUAAAAACCUUUGAAAAGGUUCAACAUAUUCUGUUUACACUUAUUGAUUGCCUGAAAUUGUAUUUUUUAAUAAUCAUUAGUGCUCAACGAGAAGGCAGUUUAUCAGAAGCAACUAGUCCAGAAACUGAUCAAACAGAUCCAUUUUAUGCACAUUGCAAAUUACAUGUUGAUAAACUUGUUGCAAAGUUAGUAUUAUUUUAAACUGUAGAAUUUAAUAAAAUUGAUAACUAGAAUUAAAAAUAAUAUUCCUUAUGAUAAAUUAUUUUUACAAAAAAUCAUUUGAAGAUAACACAUUUGGUAAUAAUGUAUACAUUAUUUCUGAUACUAAUUAUUGACUAACUUGUUUUAAUUGGUAUUUUUGUAUGUAAGCUUUAUUUUAAUUUGAAAAUUAGGAAAAGAAAAAGAAAUUGGGAUAUACUUCAGAAAAGAACAAAACAAAUGAAAUUAUUGCGUGAGCAACAAUCAUCUGAAAAAUCAGCUACAUGGCUUCGUAAUCAACGAAGACUUGAAAAAUUACGAUCCAAGUAUUAUGAAAUGAAAAAAAUUACUAAACCAGAGUCAAGUAAGCAACUGAAGUUGUCUAUUUUGUAUCAAGUUAUAUAAAUUUAUUUUAUUUAUAGGUUUUAAGUCAAAAGUUCCACGUCCUAUUACAACUUCAGCAUCAGCAUGCCGAGGUCUUUGGUUAAAAGCCAGCUUAAUGGGUGUAAAUAUGGAAUCAUCAGAAGCCAUUGAAGGACAUAUAAAGGCACUGCGUGAUGUACCAAAAAGAUGGCAUGUGCCUUCUUCAUUCAGGUACAAUUAUUUGAUUUAAUUAUUUAAAUAACUCCCUAUUUUAUUUGAAAUUUAUAUGUCUGAAUUACUCUUUAGUUUGGAAUUUGUAAGUUAUUUCUUGGAUAGAGAUUUAAGAUUGGCGGAUAUGAAACGUCAGCUUAAACAUUUUACUGAACAAAACAACAAGCUGCACAAUGACCACAUAAUUAUUCAAGAAAAAUAUAAUGAAGUAUUAUCAUUUAUUAAUCAUUUUAAGAUUUAAAAAUUAUGUUUAAAUUCAAUUUAUUUUAUUGUAGGCAGCUAAAAACAAUGAAGUUCAAAAACAAAAACAUUUAAAACUUAAAAAUAUUUUAACAGCUUACUAUGAUGUUAUACAAUUUGUGAAUCCUAACAUUAAAAUGCCAGAUAUUGAUACACUUUCCAGAAAAGGCCAAGAAAAUCAUCACCAGUAUAGUUAGUGUUUAUUUUAAUAUUAAUAUUUAUCCUAUUUUGAAAACUUAUGGUCAUAAGUUGCAAUUAUAAUAAAUGUGUAUUUAUUAAAUAUAAUUGUUUCAACUAAACUAUGUUUUUACAAUGGUUUUAAUAAUCAUUCUGAGCUAAAAAAUAAAAUGUAUACAAUAUGAUGAGUGAGUAGGUUAGUAGUGGAGUUCAUCAUAUUCAGAUGAUUAUCUUGAUAAUGAUUGUGGAGGUAAAAGGUCAUCUUGUGGAAGGCGCGAUUUGAGUCUAUAGUUUUUUGUUUUUUUCCUGAUUUCAUAUUUUAGGGCACCUUUAGUUGUGUAGUUGUGAGUGGAAUUUUUAAAUUUGUCAUGCAUCCAUAUAUUCAGAUAUGGUAUUUCGGUAUCAUUAUGGAACUAUUAGUUGUGUAUGAACCAGGGUGCUUUAAGAACUAUUUGAAUUUAUUUUGAAUUGUUUGAAUCUUUAAUUUUUGUUAGAAAUAUGGCAGCACAUACCGGGUAUGUCUAUGUUAUAGUGAUCUAAUUAUUGAUACAUAUGUAUAUCAAUAGUGAGCAUUUGAUUUGCACUGUAGAGCUAUAGUUCAUUUUGGCAAUAUAAAAUUUUAGUUCGUGUAUAAACUUGAUUUAGUUUAAAAAGACGCUAUAUUUGUAUGUACUGUCUCAGUUCAACUAAUGGGUGAUUUAGCAAAAUCUACUUUAUGUAGUUUGCAUAGAAUUCGUUUAAUUUUUGUUUUAGUGUUAAAACACUUAUAGUAAAGAGGACAAUAUUUCACUGAGCAAGACUAUGUUUUUAUUUUUAUUCUGAUUAUAAUAUUUAAUACAUCAUUUAAGAAUAUAACCUAAUUCAUCAUUUUUGAAUGACUACCAUAUUAAAAAAUUAAUUUAAGAAAAAGAACUCAGCAAUUUGCCCUCUGAAAUAUUGUCCUCUUUCAUUGAUUUUAUAAUAGGAGUUUUUACUCUAAAACCAUAAUUAAGCAAGUUCUACAGUUCUACGCAGACUGCGUAAGUUAGAUUUUGCUAUAUUUGUCCGUUAGUUGGAAUGAAAUAGCACAUGCCGGUAUAGUAUCCUUUUAAUAUUAAUAUGUAUUUUCCAGGUGAGGUUUUUUUUAGCAUUGUACUUCAAGAUAUUUGAGUAAUUGAUUUUUUUAAUUCCAUGUAAUGGGUUGAUUAUUAUAUUUUAUUUUGGUUGGAUCUCUUAAGAAUAAAUAUUUUUAUUUCACUUUAAUUGAAUUUAAUUUGAUUUUCUAUUUCAUAAACUAUUCUGAGAUCUAGUCUAGUGAGUUUUGAAGACCAAUAAUUGAGAUUUCAAGAUUUAUUUAUUUUAUGUUUAAUAGCAGUGUCCUCCACAUACAUUGCUAAUUGACAUUUUUGUGGUGUUAGGAUGUCGUAACAAUAAAUAUUAAACAGUGUGGGUCCAAGAACUGAGCCUUUUGGGAUUCCAGCUUUUAUUGGGUGAUUUGAGACAUUUCAGUGCUUAUUUGUACAUAAAUGGAAAUAAAGGUUAGUGAUACAUGAGAAUAUUAUAUUGUAAAUAUAGUGAACAUGUCAUACAUUAUCAAAGGGUUGUGCAAUGUCAAGGAAGGCCAUGGUAGUGUAUUCUUUCUUUCACAUCUAUUUACUAUUAUUUCUGUUAUUCUUUGAAAAUUGUGACAAAUGGAGUGUUGGGGUUUGAAACCAAAUUGAUAGAGUAGAAUAAUUUUUAGGUAGGAUUUCAUUGUGUGAAGUAUUACUAAUUUUAGUAUUUUGGAGUGUUGGAAGAAUUAAGCUUAUUGGUGAGAGUUUUUUUUAAGUUUCUUUAUAGGGAUGAUAAUUGCUUGUUUCAGGUUUUUGGAGAAAUACCAAUUUCUAACAUUGAGUUUAGGAGGCUGGUUAAGUAUGCUAUAGAUUUUGAUAUAAGAUUAAGAAUUUUAUUAGUUAUUAGUUAUUAUUUUAUUAGUUUGGCCAUCAUGUCCAGGGUUUUUUUUUAUCAACAAGUCUAUAUUUUAUUUGUUGUCAUAAUAUAUUUAUGUAUACAUAUUUUUUUUAUAAAUUUGUAAAAUUUUGUUUUUAGUACCAAGUAGUUCGACUUCAACUCCUGCUGCAUUGAAAUCAAGCAUUGGAUCUUCAAUGAUAUAUCACGAUAAUUCAGGUAAAUAAUAAUUUUAUUGAAAUUGUAUUUUAUAAUAUAAUUAAACUUUGAUUUAUUUAUUUUUCAGAUAAUGUAGCAUCAUUAGGUUUAAAUAACAAAUGUGGAAUCUGUGGCCGUACAGUUGAUCAACAUUUACUUGCAAAAUGUGAUACAUGUUAUUUAUACUAUCAUUUAGGUUGUUUAAAUCCUCCAUUAACCAGAAUGCCUAAAAAGACAAAAUUAUUUGGAUGGUAAUCAACAUUUAUAUAAUAUAUAUGUUACUGUGAAUGUCCACCCACAGUUGGAGAAUGCCUACAAUCACCGGUUAAUGUCGACAUACACCUCUUAAAUUGGUGAAUAUUGACAUUCACAUCAGGAUUUUGGUUAAUGUUGACAUACGUAUUUGCAUAUAAAGUAUACACUAUAGACUAUAAUACAAUAAUCUAUUAUUAAACAAUAUUAUGUUUGUAUUAUUAAUUUAAAUUAUGAUUAUUUUUACCAUACAAAAAUUAUUAUUUAUUGCAACAUUUCACAGUGUUAUAACAUUUUGUUACAUAAAAUUCCAAAAUUUUUAAGUGGUGCAAUUUGUUUUGUAAUUACAUUGCAUAUAUCCUUGCUUACCAAUUGAAAAAUUAAAUGCAGAAACUUGCUUUAAAAGGAAAUUUGUUGAUCCCUUAGUACAUCAGUGAUUGAUUUUAAAUUUUCUUUACAUAAGUAGUAAAAUUGAUUUACAAGAAUCAUUAUCUACUAUAUCUAAUACUAUGGUUAAAAUAUUUUGAGAAUCCAUUUUACUUAAAUCAACUUCUGAAACUCAAAUACGGAUAGUUAGUUUCCCCAACUUUAGCCAGAAGAAACUUUUGUUUAAAAUAAAACAUUAUUAAAUGAUUAACAAGUUGUAAAUUAUCUAUACUAUUGUAUGUUUAUAAGAGUACAGAUUUAAUCAAUAUGCCAACAUUUGCCAAUGACUUUGUUGUAUGUCAACAUUAAUCGGUGACUGUCAACAUUCACAGUAACACAUAUACAUAUAUAUAAAUUUUAAAGUAUUUUUUUUAUAUUUAACAAAAUUAAUACAUAUUUUGUGGUUAUUAAUGUUCAGGCAAUGUAGUGAGUGUGAUAAUAGUAAUUCUAACUCUGAACCAGAAACAGUGGAUCCAAAUGCUCCUAGGAAGUUGAGGUAUGGAGGCAGAGAUCAAUCUUUAUCGGACAGCCGUAGAUCUUCAUCUGUUGCGAAUGAUGUAUGUAUAUGAAUAACAAAUAAUUGGAAUUUUAAAUUAAAACUCAAAGUAAUAAAUCAUAUGUUAAAGUUUCAGGAUUUUAAUACUUUAACUGAACCAAAUAAAUUACAUGGUGUUUCAAGUAUGUAGUGUUUGCUGUUUAUAAUUUGUUUAAUCUGUAUAAAUAAAUAUUAUAGAAUAUUUUUCAAACUUGAUGUUUUUGUUAGAAAAAAAAAAACAUGAGAGACAUAGAGAAAGAUAUUCACCAGAAAUAAUAACAAAACGUGUAAAGUCUCGUAAACGCAAACAUAAGCAUCACAGGGAUAAUAAUACUUUGCCAACGGAACCAUCUAAUGAUUUAUUAAUUAAUGAGCCACCGCGGCAAGGAAUUAAAUUAUUUGUAAGUUAUUUUGACUAUAUUAUUAUGUUUUAGUUUAGUUUUCCGAAUUAUUUAUGAGGUUCUUUGUUUAGAUAAAAUCUGUGCCAAGCGCAAGUGGUGUUAUAACAUCUUCACAAUUACUAAUUGCUUCACCAGUGGAAGAAACUCCUCAAAAAGUUGUCAAAAUCAAACCAGAAAAGAGUGUUGAACCACUUAGAAUCACCACGACACUGACAGAUAUUAAAUUGAUACCAAAGUGUAACACUUGUAAAACAACUGGAACUAACACUACUAUGGUUCAGUAAGUUUUAUCAUUUAUCUAUAUUAGUAAAUAUUUUUCUGAGAUAUAAAUAUUAAAUCAUUAUUAUUUCAUUGAUAUUUUCAGGUGUGAUGAAUGCAGUAAAAAUUUUCAUUUUUGUUGCCUUGAUCCUCCAGUGAAAAAAUCUCCAAAAGUACGUGGUUAUUCAUGGCACUGUGCUGAAUGUGAUCCAACGGUACAUCAAUUAUUACUUUAGGUCUAGAAUGUAUAUUUUUAUCAUCAUAGAAUCUUUUAAGAUUCUAUCAUUUGCUUAUAAACAAAUGGUUAUCUAAUUAAAAUUGUGUUAUCAAAAGUUUUAAUUCUUGGUACAAUACCUUAGUUUUUAGAUUUUGAGCAGAGGAAAGAGAAGCUAUUUUAGUUUACAGUAAGUUGUGUUUUUGUUUCUUGGUAAUUAACUUUUUUUUCCAUUUAUAUAGCUCCUUUUGUGUUAUUAUUUCUGAUGACCUAAAGAAAUAUUAAAACUCAUGCAUUUUUAUUUUUUAAUAAUUUAAAAAACAUCCCAUUACUGUAAACCAGCUUUCUUAAUAAUGCUCACAAUUUAAUAUUUAUUGAAACUUUUGAAUUAACUAAUUUCAAAAUAAUUAUGUUUCGAAUAAUGAAUAUGUUAUUUAUAAACAUAUCAUUAUAAUUAUGCAAAAAGUGUAAAAACAUAUUUAAAAAAAAAAAAAAAAGUUUAAAUGCCUUAUUUCACCCUUCUAAUUUCGUUUCAAAGAGUGUCCGAGUUGUAUCAUAAAUAGUUUAGGAAUAGCUGAAUAAAUAUUUCUUGAUUAAAAUCAAAAUUGAUUACAAUUUUAAAAAAAAUAUAAAUUUUAUAAUUAUCACUAUUUGCAUGACAGUGAUGGUAUGUACAUUUUUUAAUAUAAUACAUUAACAUGUAAAUAAAUAUCUGAUAAAUAUAUUUCAGGACAGUGACUCUUCGUAAAAACAUGGGAAAGUCAAAUCUACCACUUGGUAAAGUUGAGUUUACCAAUAUUCAAUUAUAAUUUAAAAGAGGAAGCGUAUUAUUAUUUAGUAUUAACGUUUAUACUAUUUAUAAUAGUUUACAGUUUGUAUCCCUUAAAAUAAGUACUAUUGUAAAGUAUAGUUCCAUUUAUAUUUUUUUCUGUAUACGCAUAAGUUAAUUUAUAUAAUUUUGAUGCUGUAUGUAUAUGAUAAUUAUUUUAGUACUUUUUGAAAUUUUUAUUUAAGUAAAUUUACCCUUUCAUAUUUUUUAAGUUGGAAAAAUUUCAAUUUUUCAAAUGGAAUAAAUUGAUAAGCCAAGGUAAAAAAUAAUUUAUGUGCUAAAAUUUUGUUUUGUAGAAUAAUAAUAAUGUUAAAUAGAUAUUUAUAAUUACAGUUUAUUUUAUUUUUUUAUAAUUUAGUAAUAAAUUGUACAACCCUUAAAUAAAAAUUGUUUACUAUAAGCACAAGUGAUAUAGGUUUAUAUAGAAUAAAUUGUAUUAUGUUAAUUUUAAAUAUGGGGACCUUGAGUAAAGGUUCCAUUCAUUGAUGGGUCUUGGAGUGGUGUAGAGUAGAAAAGAUUCGUUUAAGCUCCUGAGGUUAGUUACCAUGAAUAGUAGGAACUGACAGUUCUGAAAUAGAUUGUAAAGAUUGGAGUUUAAAUGUUAGUAGAAUACUUUGGCUACGGUGUGUACUGUUAAAAUAAAGAGUUGCCAUUUAAGACAUAGUAAGGGGUUUUAAUUGGAAUUUUUGUCUUUUAUUAAUGUUGAGUUUAACAACUCACCUUAGUUGAACACCUGAAGUCCAAAUUGUUUUGAAGAGCAGUUUAAUAAAGGAGUUUAUUUAGUGAAAUCCUGGAUUACCCAUUAAGUUAACGGUGUAAGUGUAGAAAAAUAUAGAUAACAAAUAUUUUGAGCAUAUUGUAUUGGUAAGUGUUUGAGAUAAAUAUACCGGCAAACUAUUUUUUGGGAUAUGAACUUUUAUUGAAUCAGUUGAAGCUUCAUCGACUUUCAUCCCCCCAUCCUUUAUAUUAAGUCAAUAAAAGAUUUAGGUGGCUUUGGAUGGGGUUUAAUACUUAGAAAUGGCUUGUAAUCGACAAGGUGGAUGAAUGUUUUAAAGUGGGUUGUAGGUUGGUCUAAAGUGAAUAGAUUAAAUAACAAAAUAUAUGGAUUUAGCUAUGUAAUAUUUCAUGUUCUUGAUAGUGUUAACUGGCAAGAUACACAUGAAAUGAAAAAAAAUUUAAAUUGGUAAUUAACUACAAAUUAGGUAGGUAUUUAUUAAGUCUGUCAAUUUAAUUGUUUUGUUUUAUAGUUGUUAUUUUUUACCCCAGUUACUUUUAUCCAAUUUAAUCUUUGAAAUGUGUAAUAAUAUUAAAUAUUUAGUUUUAUAUCU